GACACGCAGGCGACGACGGUGACGCCUACACUCGACGGCGCCAGCGACUUUCCCUCACACCUCUUCCACAGGCGUAGGCGCGUAGUAGGUUUCUGCAUCACCCAUCAUCUUCCUCGCAACGACGAUGCUCAUCUUCGCCCGCAUCCUUUCUCGCGCUCGGCACACAUGAGACGGCAAUGACGCUCAUGCUUGACGGCGCCAGCGACUUCCCCUCCCGCCUCUCACAUAGGCACAUGCCCGUGGUGGCGACGAUCAGGCUCGACGGCUUCUCCUCCCACCCCUCACACGGGCGCAUGCACAUACCCUCUCACAAAGUCCCGCUCUGCAUAGCGCCUCCGCAUGCCGCAGCCACACUCAACGGCUCCAUCGCUCCAGCGCAGUGCCCCUCCUCCACACGGCCGGGCCAGGCCUGUAGGCUAGCCGGCAACCGGCCAGCCACUCGCCUCCCUCCACCCGCUCUCCCUUCUCGGUCGAACGCCUUGGCUAGGCCAGACCUACAGGCAAGCUAUCGUCGGGCGAUCGUACAAGGAAUUACUUUUAUUACUGUGCACCAGUCGAUUUGGAUUCUUUACUGGAUGAUGCUCCUUCGAAUUUGUUUACUCCUUUGGAAACGGCUCAUUGUCCCCCCUCCCCUUUCAAUUUUGGUGUGAUUUUCACCUACUAUAUGAAAGAGUCAGACGAUAUGCAGAGAUGAACCAACCAUUUGAUAGUUCAGUGUUGCCGUUGGUGGAUUUCGAGUCUGUUUCCGACUCCUAGAAUCCGUGUUGGUUUUGCUUAGUUAUCGCCGUUGCCUUUCGCCAA